AUGGAACAACAAGAUAUAACCGCCGCCGCCUUUGUGGACUGGGCGAACACUUUUGAAAAUGUACGUCCAAUUACUUUAAGCGAACUUUCCGAUUGCAAUGUAUUGAUUGAUAUAGUUGUAAACAUCGAUCCAAAAUGGUUUAAACUGCUUUCUCGGAGUAAUGAUGAUAAUUGGGUGAUGAAAAUCAAUAAACUCAAAAAAUUACACUUACUCCUUACACGAUAUUAUGAGGAAAACCUUGGAUAUACGAAUAUUAAAAAUCUUGAAGCUCCAAAUUUUAAUGCUAUUGCAAAAGAAAAUAACUUAGUCGAGACAAUGAAGCUAUACUCGUUAAUUGUAACAUUGGCCGUAACUUAUAAAGAUAAGGCGGGACAAAUUACAAAAAUUCAACACUUAAGUCCAAAAUCUCAACAGGGUUUGAUGUUGACUAUUGAAGGGGUUAUGAAUAAAUUGGGUGAACCUAUUUCCGAAGGACCGCCAAGAAAGUCGUCAUUCGACGUAGAAGGUGAACUAAAACAAGUCAAUGCGGAUCUAGAAAAAAUCAAGUCUGAGAAAGAAGCUCUAGAAAAAGCAUACAGAGCUUCACUGGAUGAACGUGAAAAUUUGACUAAUCAACGUGACGACUUACGGGCAGAAGUAGAAGAUUUGAAUCAGAAGCUGAAAGAUAUGGAAACUGCUUUAGACCAUUCUACACAAACCGGAAAAGCAGACUUUGUUUUGAGAACAGAAAUUGACAGACUUCAGAAUGAAUUGCAAAUCGAAACACUUACUGAACAAGCAAAUGAAACUGCGAAAUUAAAAGACCAACUUGACGAGUACAGACAUGCUGCUGACAAACUCAAGAAAACAGAAAAUGUUAUUGAAAAAUAUAAGAAGAAAUUAGAAGAAGGGGCGGAUUUACGGCGAACUUUGAAGAAUGCAGAACAAGAAAAUCGCACACUCAUUGACCGUAACCAAUUUAUUGAAGAAGAAUACAAUAAAGUAAUUAAAUUCAAAUCAUUAAUGGAAGACUAUAAAAAACAAAUUGACCUACUUCAGACUGAAAAGACUGAAUUAGUCAAUCAAAAGAAUAAAUUCGAGUACGAAUAUAAACACAUGAGGUCAAAAAUUGAAUCGUACGAGAUGGCUCAUUCACGUGAUAUGGAAACUAUACAUUUAUUGGAAGAUCGAUUACGGGAAUUAGAGUUAGGUGAAGGAGAGCCUCUAAAAUUAGAUGAUGAUGAUGAAAAGGUUGAACCAGACGAAAUUGAUCAACAUAUCGAAGAAACUGAACUUUUUGAAGCCCUUAAAGGCACCACAAAGACAAGUUUGAGAUUGAAAAUCAACGAACUUGAACGCGAAUUAAAUAGUUUACGCGAGGGUAAGAAUCUAGAUGAAAAUUCUGACGCUGAACUUCUAGUAUUACAACAUAAGCUUGAAGACGCUAAUCGCAUUAAGGCUAAAUUCGAAACGGACUACGUUAAAGUCCAAAAGGAAAAACUUAUAUUAGAAUCUGAACUUGAACGAUUGCAAGCUGAGAAAGGCAGUUCAUCUAAUGGUAUAAAUAAAAAUGAACCCAGGAAGGAACAAAAGGAAUUGUUGGAAACUAAGAAGCAUCUUCGAGAAACCCAGGCGAAAUUAGAACAAGCAGAAAAGGAUUUGGGUGAAAUCAGACCUGAUUCUAACGCCGAAGCUAGAAUCAAAGCAUUAGACACUGAAAAUGAGGAUUUGAGGCAUCGUAAUGAAGAACUGACUUCCCUCCUUCUGAAUUUAGAAGGUAAAAGUGAUGACGACCUCAGGAGCCAAAAUAUACUAUUGCACAAACAGGCUAAUGAAAAGACAAGGAAGCUUGAACAACUCAAGACUUUGGUUACUGGUCAACAUGAAAUAAUCGAGAAUUACAAAAAUGCACAAAAUUCGUUCGAAGCAGAAAGAGAAGCUCAUACUGCUGAAAUUAAACGCUUGGAGCAACUUCACAAGGAAGUAAAGGAGCAAUUACAAAAAGAAAUUAAUUUGAUCACAAGUGCUUGGUUCAAUAUAGGCACACGUAUUCAAGGUGAUCAUGUGUUCUUGCAAAGGCAAGGACCUCAAUCUUUCCUUAAUCAACAACGUUUAAUUCUUGACACUCAGGCGCUUGAAUUGUUGGAACUUAUCGCAAAAGCACAUUGA